AGUGCAUAGAGUGAGUGGAAAAAGAGAAAAAAUUGUGAAAAGAGAAGGAGAAAACUGCCUCAGACAACGAUUUUUUUUUUUCCCUUUUCGGACAUGGUAUGUUUUGACUAUGAGAAUGACGUGGAAGUGUUGAAUAUGCAACGUUGUAACACGACUGAACGACUAAUUAGUAAUUUACCAAGUAUACUCCGGGUAGCGUUCCCAGCCAACUCCCGUCAGUUGGCGCGACGCGCUCAAAGCUCCUCGUCUAAGGUAUUUGACAAUAGUGAGGUUCUCUUGAACUAGGGCAGCAUUCAACCGCUCCACGUUGUAAUCAAGAACUACAACCUCAAAACAAACUCGGGAACAGCAGGGGGCCCGAGUAGAACGCGUGAGAGUGGAGGAGCGAGAGCCGGAGUGAAAGUAGCAAAGGGGAGAAAAGUUAGCGAGGAGUUUGCGGUGGACGAGUUAACGCUAUCACGCCAAGAGGAACACCGAGAGAGACCACUGUCCGAUUUCACCACUCCAGUGAUUGUCUCACUUCUAGUUAGCAAGUAGGCUAACGAAGUAGCUAUAAACAUGAAGACCCCGGGGGAUUCGGGGUUCGCCUUCCCUGAGUGGGCCUACAAGCCGGAGUCAAGCCCAGGCUCACGCCAGAUCCAGCUGUGGCACUUCAUCCUGGAGCUGCUGCGCAAGGAAGAGUACCACGAUGUCAUCGCCUGGCAGGGUGACUAUGGCGAGUUCGUCAUCAAGGACCCCGACGAGGUGGCACGCCUGUGGGGUGCACGCAAGUGCAAGCCGCAGAUGAACUACGACAAGCUGAGCCGUGCUCUCCGGUACUAUUACAACAAAAGAAUCCUGCACAAGACCAAAGGGAAGAGAUUCACCUACAAGUUUAACUUCAACAAACUGGUUUUGGUCAACUACCCAUUCAUAGACAUGGGGUCAGCAGGUUCUGGAGUUCCUCAGAGUGCUCCCCCUGUCCCAUCAGGAGUUGGAACCCAUUUUCGGUUCCCUCCGUCCACACCGUCAGACGUCCUUUCUCCCAGUGAGGAGCUGCGUAGUCCGGGUGUCUUCAGUGCCGUGGCUCGUCGAAUGGCACGCGGCUCUGUCUCUGAUUGCAGUGACGGCACCUCCACCAACUCGGAGCUAGAGGAAGCUGGUGUUGUGGUGGCUGACGAACGCCCCACAGAGCGUGCCUUCCGGAGCCUCCUCCACCCCCGUCUCUCACAUGACUCCCUCUUCCGCGUCUAUGGCGCGCCUCCCAACCCACCGGGGCUCACACGUGGUGGUCCCCAUGCACCCCAGCACAGGGUGCACCCCGAGCCCCUCUCCCCAUUCCCCGUAUCCCCUCUCCCAGGUCCCGGAGGCCUGCUGGCCCCCCCCCUCUCCCCAGCACUGUCCAUGACCCCCACCUCACAUCUGCCCUACACCCCAUCCCCCUCCCUCUCCCCUAUGUUGGGCUCCCACUUCUCCUUCAAUCCAGAGGACAUGAAGCGCUACCUGCAGGCCCACACCCAGAGUGUCUACAACUACCACCUGAGCCCGCGUGCGUUCCUACACUACCCGAACAUAGUGAUCCCUCAGCCCCAGCGCGCGGACAAGGGGUUGGGUGGGCCGGCAGGGGUGGGGCAUCAUCUCCCUGCCCACUCCUUGCAUCACCCCCAGUCUGAGGAGCCCCACCUCUCGCCCUUCAAGUUCAAACUACAGCCCCCGCCGCUUGGCCGCAAACAAAGAGAUGGGCCUCCCACCUCCGGUGCAGGCCACGCCCCUUCAGUCACCCCUGCCGGACUAGGCUCCUCCCUCUCAUUUGGUAGCGAGCAUGGCUCUGUCUCUGGUCAGGGUUCUAACUCGUCUAGACUGGUAAACAGCAGCUCAGGAGGGCCACCAAAGAUCAAGGUUGAGCCCAUCUCCGACAUCGAGUCAGAGGAGGAGGUGGAGGUCACAGACAUCAGUGAGGAAGACGAUAGCUGUGAUGUCUUUGCACCGCCCCACUCCAAUGGAGGCCCCGCUCCCGUGCCUCGCCAUGAUGCCACCAUCGCAGAUGACGACGACCUCGAGGAGGACGUUUUCAAGGCCCCAGCCGCUCCUGGCCUUGGCCCGGCCCUGGCAGUCCUCAAAGCGGAGCCGCGAGAGGCCAGCCCUGGCAUAGCUCCUCCCAGCAGCCCCGGAGGGACGCGCUGCAUCCCCCUCAAGCUCCGUUUCAAGCGCCGCUGGAGUGAGGACCAGCGCAUGGAGGCUGAAGCCGAUGAAGCCGAGGACAAGAAGAGCCGGGCUGAGAAGGAGGAGUCUAUCCAAGAGGCAGAGCCUAAGAAGCUGGAGGAGAACGGAGAGAGGAGGAGUCCUGUGACCUUGGUGGCACCCCUAGGCACAGGCCAGAGGAGGGUGAGCAACGAGCUGCAGAGAGCGACAGCACAGCUCUCCUUGGAGAACGAUGGCUGCUGAGGAGAUAAGCAUGCUAGAUUGUGAAAUAGACUCACAGAGCUGUGCUUACCUCUUUGUGGCUGUGGUCGGAUACAAACUAAACUGCAUUCGGAACCAUUGGCUGAAAACAAAACGGAAAAAAAGCAGUCACUCAUACCAGUUUUCUUAAACAUUGGAGGAAUCAUUCUCACAGUUGAACAAAGGCUUGGAGAAACGCAACUCUGUUCACUUCAGCAUGCCGUGACACGACACUAAGAAUGGCUAAAUACUGACACCGUCCCACUCACCAGUAUGAAUUUAGUACAGCCCGCCACCCUAAACCCCCAGAUCUUCAAACUUCCUUCUCCUGUUUCAUCUUCAAAUCUCUCCCACCAAAUUAACCGAUAUAGCACACUUCCUUGACCAUGUUCAUUUAUGUACAUCAUAAAAUGGAUGUCAUUUUCGUUUGUAACCCCAGGAGACCCUGUUAUUUGGGACAUGGGGACUUCCCCAUUGACUUUCAAAACAGAUUUUAGAGAAAACAAGUGCCUGAACCAGUGGUCAUCAAUUCACUCGAUGGCUAUAUGAAGAGCUGCUGGCAUGAGAGGGAAGGCUGGUGACUCUUCAGCACGCAGUUUGAGACACGUCGUUCUUUGCCACCCACUUGUGCUUCUCUCCGUGGUGGUGUGCGACCUUCUCAGGAGUCAUGCCUGAGGAAGGAGACAUGAUCGCUCCUCACCCGUCAGCAUGCAGCCUGGGGCCAAACAGCCUGGUCUUCUACACAGCAAGCUUUGCCCUCGCUCGCAAACCUGCUUGUACAGCCACUGCCUUCAUACUGACCCGCCGGAUACUGCCUUUCCAAUGGCCCUUGGGUCCGUCGGCUCCAGAGCCCCGGGGUCUGCCCAGUCCUGUUCACGUUUGCCUCUGUUAAAGGGACCACUUGACCUUUUAAAAUCUCCAGAUGUAAAUACACCCUUGAAGCAGAAGAGAUUUGUAGUUCGUUUUCCCCCCUAUUUAAGAUGGACAUGAACCUCUGCAGUGAAGUAUGGACUGUAUGCAUGGAUGCUUUUCUUCCCAACUAUUUUGUGUUUUUUGAGCUGAAAGAAACAUUAGUGUACCAAGAAAGAGGUUGCUCUUCAUCCUGAGGGUGAUCAAGUGUGAUGAUUAAUGGAAAGGUUUUAGAAUAUGCUUUUAAAGCUCUUGAAACCAAGAAUAUUCUAUUUAAAAAAAAAUAAUAACAGGAAGCAUUUGCGAGCACAAAUCUCAGGCAUACUUCACAAAGACCUAACCUCGACUAUAGAGUCACUUAGAGUAUAUAGUAUCUGUAUCUCAAAAAGCCUCUUAAAGAACAAAGUGAAACUGUGCCUUUUUGUAAACAUUGGAGACUUGGUACCCUAUGCUUUUAAAUAUGCUCCCAUAAUCAGACACACAGACACACACAAGCCUUAGAAACAUGACCUCAAACACUGCUAUUAUGCCUUUGUUUUCUAUUUUUUUAGCAUAGAAAAUAUCCUAAAUUGGAUCAAAAAUAAAGCCCAUGUGUUCUCUCUAUAUUGCUUUCAGUAAUCAUAUAUAUUUGAUACAGAUGAUCUAUAUUCAAAACACUGGUUUUGAUAAGAAGUAUAUUUUUAAAGAUAAGAAUAUAUGGAGAAUAUAUAAUGGGUGACCUCAGAACUUUAGUUCCAGGGAUCCUACAGAACUUUACUCAGUAGGAGUGAAGUGCUAUUGGAGGAAAAUGCAAAAUGACUGUAAAUUAUCAAUAUUAAGAACUGAAUCCUGUUCAGUAUAGUUUCUUGUAUAUUUCUGCACACACAUACAUGUCCCAGGGCCCAAAACAGACAGACAACUCUGUGUGUGUCUGUCCUCUGGAGUGCUUCGGAUUCAUACCUUUUACCAGGGAAGAGGGGAGCUUGGAAGAUGAAAACAGACCCUUCACUGUCCCUUCUCAGCACUACAUCUCUUUGCUUGUGCCAGCCUAGAGCUGCCAUAACGAAGCCUGUUCAUGGUAAAGUUGGUCCUCACAAUUGCUGCCCCUCAGAAAUGCGGUUCCUCCGAAAGCAACAUUGACAUUUGAGAUGAAGCAGUCUGUGGAGUGGAGAGCAUGAACCAGGUGCCCUUUGUCUUGAGGCAUCGGUGCAGGACAUGGCCAGCCCUGCUUUUCCACCAUGAGCUUCUGACUUUGGUGGAAGAACUCCUGCACAGAGGUCAGCAGGUGUUACUGUGGCUCCACUGACAUAAUGAAUUGUAUCGAAACCUCUUGUAGUCAGGGCAGUGGGCAAGUAGGCACAGUACAGUAUAAAUCAGGCUCUCUUUCCGCUGUCUCUGCAUAUCUCACACAGUAGUCCACACCGAAAAGUCUUCAUUAUGUUGAGUACAUACUGUGAGUAACAAGCAGGCAGUAUGAGCUUUUGCCCCCAGCCGAAACCCCCCCCCCCGA